AUGGCUGUUGGGGCGACAAGUAUCACCUGUCCCGACCUGGUAAAGCAGUCUGGUCCGGACAUGCUUCUGUGGCUGAGACAUAAGCAGGUCACAGGCAUCAGUGCGGUCCCAUCACACUUGCGCACCAUGGUACCUGUUGCUGGCGGUAGCGAUGUGUCAAUGGACGUCAAUCUCCCACAGCUCCGCAUUGUCGAUGUGGGUGGCGAGGCUUUGGGUGCAGAUGUGGUCUCGACUUGGGCUCCUGGCCGUCUCCUGUUCAACAGCUAUGGGCCAACAGAGAUUUCAGUGGUUUGCACAGGCAUUGACGUGCGGCUGGGUGACCCCAUUACUCUUGGCCUCGCUUUGCCCGGCUAUCAGUGCCACAUUUUGGACCCCAACACCUUUGCAAUGAAGGCUGUUGGGGAGGUUGGCGUCCUUUUCGUGGGUGGUGUAGGCUUGGCUCGUGGCUAUCUUGGUGAAGAAGGGCAGACCAAUCAGAAGUUCAUUGAACUCCCUGAACUUGGCCGACUCUUCAACACAGGAGAUCUGGCGUUCAAAGACGACGAAAACCGCUUGCAUUUUCGUGGCCGGGUGGAUUCCCAGGUGAAGGUGCGUGGCCUUCGGAUCGAGUUGGAGGCCUUGGAGGCUGCCAUCAUGGACUUGGGGACUGUGAAACAUUGUGAGGCUCGGCUGUUGGAUGGUCGCCUCGUACUCUUGGCAUCUGGUUCUGGUUCCUUCCUUGAGGCUGAGCUGAAAGCCAAAGCUAUGUCCUUGGGUCGUGGCUAUGUCCUCAGUCAAGUGAAGCUGGUUGAGGACAGCGCUUGGAAGUUCAGUAGCGGUGGCAAGCUCCUGCGAAAUGUGGUUCCAUGGAGUGACAACGAUGGCUGGGAUGCUUUGGACUCUUUCCACCGAGUUGGUGCAAGUGCUCUUGAACUGGAGAUUGCGGCGUGUGUAGCAUUGCAAGUGAGAGGUGCUGAGUAUUGGGACCGAAAUUCACAUUUUGUGGAUGACCUGGGAAUCGAUUCUGCCGGCAUGGGGCAGCUCUUGGGACAGAUGCGAAGCAAACCCAGGCUGCAGAAAGUGGAUCUGCGUGCGCUUUUCAAUCAUCCCACAGUCAGCACGCUGGCCUCAUUCUUGUCUGAGCCUGAGUCCGAUCCAGAAGAAGAGCCCUUUGAUGGGGAGCAGACAGGGCAGAACUUAGUCAGUGCCGUUUGGAAAAGUGUGCAGACCAAGCCACACAGCAUUUGCUGCGAAUUGCCAUCCUCCUGUCUCAGCUAUACGCAACUCUUUCGCUUGGCCACAGCUUUUCGGCAACUGCUGCGCAGAAAUAGGACCACCACGAAUUGCAAGAAAACACCAGUGGCCAUUUGCGUGGACAUGAUGACCGAGCGAAUGGCUGCAAUGCUGGCAGUGCUCAUGGAGGGUCAUGCCUUUUGCGUCCUGGAUGAAGGCCAUGGGUUUGCUGACCAGUUGCAAGCCUUUGACGCUCAGUGCAUAUUGGCAAGCUCCAAGGAUGUUGUUUGGGCACGACUACAAGAAAUUUGCUACGAAGUUCAGGAAUUGCAGUGCAUCGAUGUGAGCAGUGCUUCCUUACCAUUGCAAGUUCGUGUGAAGUUGCCGGCCAUAGAUCCAGAUGAUGUUUGCUUUCAGUAUGUACAUGAAGAUCUGGAAGGACAUGAUGAAAGUGUUUCUGGAGGCCAGACAGCUCUGACAGUUCUGACGGCUUCGCAUCGUGCGAUUCUGGAGCUGUUGGAUGCCUGGCCCGAGCUCCAGCGAGCGCGAGCGGCUUCGCUGCCUGCGACGGCACACCUCGCAGUGCUGAAGAUCCUCAUGAGUGGUGGAGCUUUGGUGGACAGAGACAGCGUAGAGACAUUGCUUUGCAACGAGUCAGGCCUGAAUGGAGAGGCUUUCACGUCGUUGCCUGUGCUUGUUGGUCAGAAAAGGUGCCUUGUAGUGACAGCGGGUCAAGCGAGUGCCGCGAGGGACUCCCUUGUUUGCCGAACCCGCGACAUGAUGACAGCUUCGUCGCUGUUUCCAGGCCUUUUGGGAGCAGCGGCCACUCACAGCUUUGGUGAGAAGAGUUGGCCAAAUUUUUGUGCUUGGGUGCAGGGAAGCAUCAUUCUGCUAGAGCCUGUGCUUAUGGCAACUCGAAUGAUGUUGGCAGAACGGGUCUUGUUGCCACUGACCUUUGCCAUACCUUUGUGGCAAACCUUUUUGCUGCUCUGGGCCGUCAUCAUUUGUGAGAAGAUCCUUCGAGUCAUUCUUUUGUUGGCUGCUAAGUGGGUGCUCAUUGGACGGUACAGGGAGGCAAAACAUGACAUUUACAGUUUGUUUUACUUGCGGCAUUGGCUGGUGGAGCGUAUUGCAGAGGGCACCAUCAUUGGUACCGCAACACCUCCAGGAACCAGCGUGGCCCACCACUUUCUGCGGAUGUGGCACUGA